UGAUUUUAAAGCAAUCACCUUGCUGUGUACUGUUUCAUUUCAGAGUCUUUCUGCUUGCAUUUCACAGCAGUAGUCCUCACGACUGUGCAACCUGGACUGGUGCCUUGGAACGGAACUUGCAAGAAUGAGUCAAGAGUCCCGAUUAUUUGAAUGCUUUGCUAGGUUCCUUUCACAUUCAAUUUCUUGUGAUUGAAGUAAGAAUGCACAAGCAAUCAUGCCUUUCUUUCUCAACCAUAUCUUUUCCUACCCUUAAAUUGCUCAAACCAUUUACCUUUUUCAUACUGUUCUAGAGUUCUUUUCUUUUCUUUUUUUCAUUCCUUCACUCUUUUAUCUUCCUUUUCUACAUUUAAAAACUAUCAACUAUUUCCAAUCCAGAGAGCACAUUAAGCUUUCACAAAUCUUUUGAUGCAUCUUCCAACCAUCCUCCCUCUCCCAUGAAGAGACCAGCUGUGAACAUGUCAGCAAGGAUUAAUCAAGUGAAAUACAAACCUACUGGUAUCAACCAGAACGCAAUAUCCAUCAGGCGAAACUCUGGUAACAGAGUUUCUGGGAAUAGAUGGCUUGGUCGAAGUUAUGGAUUCAGGCUCCUGAAGAGAUCAAUAAUGUCACCAGCGGUAUUUCUCAAGCAUCUCGGUGGGAAGGUAGCCAAAGCUCUGCGUUUAGAGAGGCGACCUUCACCUGGAGUUUCUUCUUCAGGAAGAUCAAGACCAUCUGUAGCUCCUAUUGAUGCUCACAGAGCUGAAGCCAUAGAAGAUUGCAUUGAGUUCAUCAACUCUGCUUCUUUGUCCAGGUCAAAUUCCGUUACUGCAAAUCCUUGUUAAAUUAUUGUUACAGCCAACUACAUGGCCAUAAAACUUUUGUUGUACGCCCUUUACGAAAAUGAGGAGAGAGAAUAAACAAUGUAAACUCCAUUUAACUUUGUUAUGAAGGAAAUCCUGCAAGAGUCUCAGUUCACAAA